AUGGGAUCUUCCGAGUCCGACGAACUCGGUCACAUUCCCAAUCGGAAUGCCAGCCUAUCUUUCGAGGGCGAGCCGCUGGCCUCGCCAGACUUCGAUCACACAACUGCGAGCUCCCCCGCUCUAGAAGACCCGGAUGCCAAAGUAUCAGCUGACAUUCUACCCCGGGAUCAACAGCAGAAAACUGCCACCUACGACUAUGCCUACGAGAAAUCAUUGAGCCACGCGGAGGCGAAACUAUUCUAUCAGCACCACCAGCUUGCGUCCAAAAGUGGUGAAACCACAGGACCGGUGAGUCCAGUGCCUUCGUGGCGCCCGACGGGCGAUUCCCAAGACGACAUUCUAGCAAUGGCCGCUGAGGUUAGUCCCCGGCACAAGAGCCACCCGACAGGCAAGGAUUCCAUGGUCGUGGAGUCAGACUGGGACCUGGAUUCCAGCGCAGAUCAUGUUGCCGAUGAGGCGAUCCAUAGUAGCCAGCUGGCCGACCACUCGAGUCAGAAUCACGCGGGACCCGUGGGGAUAACACAUGGUCAAGGGCCUUACUUGUCGAGUGGAGAAAACUCCCAUGGAGCUGGUCUAGGAAUCGUCUCUCAGGGGCCUGGCGGAGACGCUAUCACUUCUGAAUUGCAUGCCGUCUAUCGCAAAAUCAAGGGCCUCCUGGAUCGACGUGCUAAAUACCUAGCGCUGUCGCUACAGAGACCCGGUGAUGAUCCCAGGGAUCGCCCUGAUUGGGAAAUCUACCCCCCACCCCCUGAGCCUGCCUGGGACGAAGGAAAAGAAUAUCAGCCUGGAAGUGUUGGGGGGCCGGCCGAUCUAAACGCGAAGAAGAGGAAGAUGGGGCAAGAUAUAGGUGAAGACUUUGAUAUGGACGAACUGACUCCGCUACCUGGCGAGUCCUCCUGGACCUAUCGUAUGGAUAGCAAUAGCGUCUACCAGGUUUUUGAGUCGGAAGCAGCAGCAGAUCGGCACGAACCGAUAGUCCAGAUUCCAUCCCUUCGUGAUUUCUACAUGGACCUUGACGCAGUCGUAGAUGUCUCCUCUGAGGGGCCAGCCAAAAGCUUUGCUUUCAAGCGCCUCUCGUAUCUUGAAGGCAAAUUCCAACUCUACACGCUCCUGAAUGAGUAUCAGGAGAUCGCAGACAGCAAGAAGGUACCACAUCGCGACUUCUACAACGUGCGCAAGGUGGACACUCACGUUCACCAUUCGGCUUGCAUGAACCAGAAACAUCUUCUGCGUUUCAUCAAAAGCAAGAUGCGAAAAUCUCCCGAUGAAGUCGUCCUCUUUCGAGAUGGCAAGCAUCUCACCCUCCGGGAGGUUUUCGAGAGUAUCAACCUGACGGCUUAUGACCUCAGCAUCGAUACGUUAGACAUGCAUGCACAUACUGAUUCCUUCCAUCGGUUUGACAAAUUCAAUCUCAAAUACAACCCCGUGGGCGAGUCCCGUCUUCGUGAGAUAUUUCUCAAGACCGAUAAUUACAUCAAAGGCCGCUACCUGGCAGAAAUCACCAAGGAAGUCAUCUCCGACUUGGAGUCCAGCAAGUAUCAAAUGGUUGAAUGGCGUAUUUCAAUAUACGGGCGAUCUGCCGAUGAAUGGGACAAGCUCGCCGCCUGGGUGGUAGACAACAAAUUGUUUUCCCCCAAUGUUCGCUGGCUGAUCCAGGUCCCCCGGCUAUAUGAUGUAUACAAGUCCAGUGGAAUGAUGGAGAACUUUGAGCAAGUCAUUGCCAAUGUCUUCCAGCCACUAUUUGAAGUGACCAAGGAUCCAUCCAGCCACCCUAAACUUCAUGUUUUUCUUCAGCGUGUGGUGGGCUUCGACAGCGUCGACGAUGAGAGCAAGGCCGAGCGUCGGUUGUACCGAAAAUACCCUAUCCCGCGGGAUUGGAACACCAAACAGAACCCCCCAUAUACCUACUGGAUCUACUUCAUGUUUGCUAAUAUCGCCUCCCUCAACCACUGGCGACAACGGCGGGGGUUCAAUACGUUUGUCCUGCGACCCCAUUGUGGAGAGGCGGGUGAUCCAGAUCACCUUGCCGUUGGAUUCCUUUGCUGCCACAGUAUCAGCCAUGGUAUUUUGCUGCGUAAAGUACCUUUGCUGCAGUACCUGUAUUACCUGGACCAGAUCGGCAUCGCCAUGUCACCCCUCAGCAACAAUGCUCUGUUUCUAACCUACGACAAGAACCCCUGCGCCAGCUUUUUCAAGCGUGGACUCAAUGUAUCAUUAUCAACCGACGAUCCGCUACAGUUUGCAUUCACGAAAGAGCCUCUCAUUGAGGAGUAUUCGGUGGCGGCUCAAAUUUAUAAGUUCAGCGCCGUUGACAUGUGUGAAUUAGCCAAGCACUCUGUCAUCCAGAGUGGAUUUGAACUUUCCUUGAAGAAGCGGUGGCUAGGCUCAAAUUGCAACCUUCCAGGAUUUGCAGGCAACAAUGUCGCCAAAAGCAAUGUACCGGAGAUUCGUGAAGCGUUCCGGCACGAGACGUUGCAGUCCGAGUUGUCAUUAAUUGCACGAUAUUCUGAAGGAUCAGUUGCUGAGGAACAGAAUGGGCUAGCCCCAGGCCUCUUACACACUGCUAAGCAGGCAUCUGCUAAACCUGGGCCUCACGGUAUGUCCUUCACUGCAAAAUGA